AUGGCAAAGAUACCGGCAGUGGCGGCGACAUUGGGGGAGGCGGAGAACCUGGCGGAGACGCUGGCGGCGAUCAGGGCGGUCCUGAGGGCCCCCCUGGUGGCGACAAUGGGGAUACCGCCAGUGGCGGAAAUACCGCCAGUGGCGGCGACGUUGGAGGAGGCGAGGAUGACCCGCCACCGAUCGGCGCCAGAGGAAACGGCGGGAAUGGCGGAAAGGGAGGGAAGGGUGGAAAGGGAGGGAAGGGUGGGAAGGGCGGAAAGGGUGGAAAGGGACGAAAGGGAGGAAAGGGAGGGGAAGGAGGCAAGGGGGGAAAGGGAGGGAAAACUGGUAACCAGCAGGGUGGACCUGGCGGAGAGCAGGGAGGACCUGGCGGAGAGCAGGGGGGACCUGGCGGAGAGUAGGGAGGACCUGGCGGAGAGCAUGGGGGACCUGGCGGAGAGUAGGGGGGACCUGGCGGAGAGCAAGGGGGGGCUGGCGGAGAGCAGGGGGGUUCCGGCGGGGAGCAGGGGGCAUCUGGCGGGGAGCAGGGGGGAUCCGGCGGAGAGCAGGGGGGGAUCUGGCGGAGAGCAGGGCGGGGCUGGCGGGGAGCAGGGUUAG